GUAAACCACGUGCUACGUGAUCGGAAACUGGUGACGUAUUGACUUUGUAAUGGUUGACGAAGCUACAAAGAAAACUCUUGCUGCAAUUCCACUUCUCAAAACAAAAGCUGGUCCUCUAGAUGGAGACAUGUGGAUACAAAGGCUGAAGGAGGAGUACCAAGCCCUAAUAAAAUACGUGGAAAAUAACAAAGCGGCAGACAACGAUUGGUUUCGUAUUGAAUCAAAUCAACUUGGGACUCGUUGGUAUGGAAAAUGUUGGUAUAUACAAGAUAUGAAGAAGUAUGAGUUCGAUUUGAACUUCGAUAUACCUGUUUCAUAUCCCAGUACUAAUCCAGAACUUGCAUUGCCUGAGCUUGAUGGAAAAACAGCGAAAAUGUAUAGGGGCGGAAAAAUAUGCCUUACGGACCAUUUCAAACCCCUAUGGAGUAGGAACGUUCCUAGAUUCGGGAUCGCACAUGCAAUAGCACUUGGUUUGGGUCCUUGGUUGGCCGUAGAAAUUCCUGAUUUGAUAUCAAAAGGAAUUGUUAAACACAGAGAUGAUCAGUAA